CGGGAAGAAACAAUCAGGAAAAGCACAUUGCUGACGUGGAAUGGAAUAUUCGGACGCGGAGAUCCAGCUCCUUUUUAGCUCCUCACCUUAUAUAAAUACACUGAUCAUCUUUUGCAACAAAAAAGAAAAACCAGAAAAUCAAAAAUCAAAAAUCAGAAAAUCGUCGUCACACACAUUUCGAAAUCCCUAAUUUACUCUCUCUCUCUCUCUCUAUUACUCGUGAGAAAUGGCUCUUCGUACUGUGCUCGUCUCCGACGUCCCUAGCCUCCCGGAGUCUGUUUACGGUCUAUCAGAAGGUUUGGAUUUUAGCAAACCGAAAUCGUUUAGGAUGCCUGGAUUCUCUGUGAUUGGACACAGGGGAAACGGCAUGAAUGUGUUGCAAUCGUCUGAUCGGAGAACGAGAGGGUUUAAGGAAAACUCCAUUCUCUCUUUCAACUCCGCCGCCAAAUUUCCGAUCGAUUUCAUUGAGUUCGAUGUUCAGGUGACAAAAGAUGAUUGUCCUGUCAUUUUCCACGAUGACUUCAUCUACGCUGAAGAAAAUGGUAUUGUUAAUGAGAGUAGAGUGACCGACUUGUGUCUAUCUGAGUUCCUACUCUACGGACCUCAGAAGGAAGCUGCGAAAAUAGGAAAGACCCUGAUGAGGAAAUCCAAAGAUGGUAAGGUUUUGAAAUGGGACGUUGACUUGGAUGACUCCCUUUGCACGCUACAAGAAGCUUUCCAACAAGUUGAACAGUCUCUCGGGUUCAACAUCGAGUUGAAAUUCGAUGAUAAGACAGUCUAUGAGCGAGAGUUUCUUGUCCAUGUCCUGAGAUCAGUUCUGCAGGUGGUGUUUGAUUAUGCUAAAGACAGACCAGUGAUCUUCUCUAGUUUCCAGCCAGAUGCAGCAAAGCUUGUUAGGGAACUGCAGAACACUUACCCUGUUUUCUUCCUGACUGAUGCGGGGAACGAGAUUCACAAUGACCAAAGAAGAAACUCACUCGAAGAAGCCAUUAAAGUUUGCUUGGAAGGAAAGCUUCAGGGCAUUGUUUCAGAGGUGAAAGGAGUGUUUAAAAACCCAGCAGCCAUUAGCAAGAUCAAAGAAUCUAACCUCUCUCUCCUCACAUACGGCAAACUCAACAAUGUGGGAGAGGCAGUGUACAUGCAAUAUGUGAUGGGGAUUGAAGGAGUGAUUGUAGAUUUUGUUGAGGAGAUUACAGAAUCAGCGAGACUCAUGAUGAUAAGACCACCGUCUCCAUCACCAUCACCAUCACCAUCACCAUCACCAUUGCAAUCAUCACCUUCCAAGGAUGAUGUUGCCAUUACAAGACCUGAGUUUUCACAGAAGGAGAUUGAUUUUCUUCUCAAGCUUCUCUCUCAGUUGAUACAACAAUGAUGAUCGAUCAUCUCUGUUUUUUUUUUUCUUCUAAUCAUAUAUUUUUUUUCGGGUUUGAUUUUCUUUGAAAUUUUUAUCUUUCUUCUUGAUAUUAUUUUUUUAUUCUUCUGGGUGCUUUGUCCCCCAAUAAUGAAACUGUAAAUAAAUCUGUAAUUUCC